AAGCCGUCAAGCCUAUGCUGAAUAUUGCUGCUCAAUGAUUUUCCAAUCAUUUCCCCACAGAUUUUAGUUUAAAUUGGCCAUCAAGAGUAUAAUAAACUGGUUUUAUACACAUCCAACGUUUGCAACAAGUUUUUAUUAAGUGGCGUACUAGGAUCUUGCCAACAGAUUGAUUCUGCUCCAAAAUGAGCAUAAUUAUUCGUCUUCAAAAUCUGCCAUGGUCGGCGAAUGCGAUGGAUAUCAGACAGUUCUUCAACGGACUGCAAAUACCAGAAGGUGGCGUGCAUAUCGUCGGUGGAGAACUUGGGGAUGCAUUUAUUGCUUUCAGUUCCGACGAAGAUGCUCGUCAAGGCUUCCUACGCAGCGAUGGCACUAUCAAAGGGGUUCAGGUCAAACUCAUGCUCAGUUCAAGAACCGAGAUGCAUCGCAUUAUUGAGGAGGCUCGCAAUCAAUGCCUCAACGCGUUUACGAUUUCUCCGCUUCCUACUCCGACUCCGGCCCAGACAUCACUCCUUCCUGCAGCUGUUCCCCAUGUGAUGCCAGCACCAGUGCCGGCAGUACCAACAAAAGAAUAUAAAGAUCGUUUUGAUGGUAAUGGGGAGAAAAGAAGAGAUUCAAGGCGCCGUUCACGAAGUAGAUCUAGAGAUUCUAGAGAUAGAAGAGAUAGAUCACGUGAGAAGAGUAGAAGGCACAGGGACAGGAGUCGAACUAGAAGUAGAGACCGACGGGAUAGGGACGGCAGAAGGAGACGAGAAAGAAGCAGGAGCAGAACUAGGAGUCGUGACAAAGGCAUCAGAAGGGAUCUUGACCGACGGGAUGGACAAAAUAAACCGGAACCAUGGGCUAAUGCUGGACCUGCUAUGUUGACUCCAUCUCCUUGGGACUUGAAUACUGAAACUGUGAAAAAAGCUUUGGUAGCUAAUUUACAAGCCAACCUACAAGGACUAGGUGGUUUACAGGCUGUUGAUAAUCAACUGUUAAGAAAUAAUAUUUUGAAUACAGCACGAGCAAAAGCCAGAGAAAGCUGGCCAGCAGCAAACCCGCCGUCUGUGCGUGAAACUUUAGUUGAAUCUCCUAUAGAUUAUCCAACACCGCCACUUGUCACCAAAAAAUUUAUGGAAAUUGCGCAAGGAACAAAGGACGACCAAUUCAAAAAUCAGAAAAAAAAUGUAAUUGUCACUCCCCCAAACAAUGAUAGCCCUAGACCAUUGGCACGUGUUAGAGAGAAUGGCAAAAAAAGUCGAUUUGAAAUAGACCCGUUUUCAAAUACUUGCAUUUCUAUAGGUCCAUUUUAUGGACCAUAUGCAGACCUCAGACAAUUCUUCAAUGGUUUGGCCAUUAAUUAUCAGGGUAUUAAAAUUAUUCAUGACGACAAAGGCGAUAAAACUGGCAUCUGCUAUGUACGGUUCCGAGACGGCAAUGGUAAACAGACAGCACUAUUAAUGAAUGGUCGAACCUUGAACCAGGUUAAAGUCAACAUUGAACAUAUUGAUGAUGAGGAGUUUGAGAAAGCUGUAGAUGCAUACAAACCGUUUCCAAAGGACAGAAGUUACAUGGAGAAUCUAGAGUCUGGCUGUCUCAAAGUAGAAAAUCUUCCUAAAUUUGUAAAGGAACAAGAUAUUCUUCACAUAUUUUCGCAAUAUCAGUUGACUUCCUUGUACUUGAACUGCAGGCCUAAGGGAGAGUCUGUUGCGUAUGUAAAAUUUAAUGACAAAAAUAAAGCUAAAUUGGCCUUCCAACAAAAAUAUCUUCAUUUUAUUGGUAACAAGCCUGUUACAGUAAAACCAUGUGACAUCAAGGAGUUCAAUAGCGCAAAUAUGCCCAACAUUCAAUUUGAGAAUUCCCUUCAAACUACUUGUUUAUGUCUAGGGAAUCUACCAUCUGAAACCACAGAGAGUGAUAUUUUUGAUAUAUUUUCAGAUAUCGAUGUUGUACCUACUAAAAUUCAUAUACGCAAGAAUUCUGGGUUGCUUGCCCAAGCCUAUUGCGAGCUUGAAAGUGAAGAGGAUACUGUCAAAGCCCUAAGUAAAAACAAAACUGUACUUGGCAAAAAUAUUAUAUCAAUAGAAAGAAUUUCAGCUGAAGAAUUGGAAGCCAUUUUGAAUACAAAUAUUGUUCAAUCGCCUAGCUUUUCACCACUCUCUACAAUCAAACCUGAACCAGACACAAAAUCAGAAAUACAAAAGGAAAAUGAUACCAAUACUAAAACUGAAAUCCAGUCUGAGCCAGCAGAGUCUAAAGAGGCAAUAAACAGUGGUAGUAAAAUACAAGAUGCUAUAAAUAAAUUUAAAGAAGAAGCUUCCCGACCGUUCCAUCCACCAAUUCAAGAUAUCACCGAAGACAGUAAUGAUCGCCCUGAAAUUAUUGAAGAAUCACAAUCACUAUCUGGCCGCUUUGAGCCACCAAGCGAAUCUUUUGAUGACGACGAUGAUCAUGAAAAAGACUAUGAUGAACCCAGACCUAGUUUGAAUGAACUGAGACGCUCCUUUGAAACCGACCGGCGCGAUUCGAAUGAAUCCAGGCGUCACAAUGAUGGAUCCAGACACUACAUUGAUAAACCCAGAUCGCACUAUGAGAACGACAGACCCCACUAUGAUGACAGACCCCACUAUGAUGACAGACCCCACUAUGAUGACGACAGACCUCACUAUGAUGAAACCAGACCGGACUAUGAUGAAGCCAGACUCCAGUACCAUGAAGCCAGACCACCCUAUGAUAAAGCCAGACACCACUAUGAUGAUGUCAGAUCUCACUAUGAUGAACUCAGACCUCACUUUGAUGAACCCAGGGGUCCAAGGGGCUUUAUGGGACCGCGCAGUGGGAACUUUGGUCCACGUGGGGGCAACUUUGGACCUCACGCCGAGUUUGGCCCUCGCGGUGAAAUGUUCAGACCUCGAGGUGGCUUCGGUCCUCGGGGAAGAGGACGUAUGUUUGGUCCGCGAGGAGGCCCAAGCUUUAAUUUACCUGCUGACGAGGAGCCAGAAGAUGAUGAAUUGCCUGGCUGCACCGUUUACAUGGAUAAUCUCCCGUAUAAGGCUGGAACUAAUGAGAUUUUGGAAUUUUUCAAAGGGUAUAAUUCUACGGAACAUGUUAGUAGGCGGUAUAAUUCUAAUAACACUCCCACUUCUGAGGCUAAAGUUACCUUCUAUAAUCCUGAGGACGCAUCUAGGGCUGUGGAAGAACUGAAUGAGCAUAAAAUUUGGAAUCGAACCAUAUAUUUAACACAAAAGUAGUACCCAUUCUUUUUAUAAAAAUUAGUGACUAGUAACCAUUUUUCUUUAUUUGACUUUUGACAGAAAAAAACGCAAGUUUUAGUAUAAUGAGGGCAUGUAUGUUGAAUAAUAUAUUUUAAUAAUGUUAAUAAAAUAAAAUAUUCUUUCUUAUCUAUUGAAAAUUGGCAAUAAUUUCGAAAAUUAUGUAGUUAUACCUACAUUUUUAAAGUUCUUUGGGGUUCCAACAAGAUUAGCUCAUAAACUCUUCUUUUAGUAACAAUCGCUUUCAAAGAUAUGAAAGUAGUCAUGAAGAUUGGCUUUUCACUGUAGUAUUCUUAUAGCACUAUAAUGAGAUAAUACAAAAAUAUACCAUUUUUUUGAGAUUAUAAUAUGUAUUUUGUAACCCUUGGCCUGCAUUAAGAUGUGCCAACUUAUCAAGUUCUCCACGCCUUUGCGUGUCUCAAAAUACCAAGUCUUGAUUUGUAAAUAAAUUCAAAAACUGCGCAUGCCUUCAAGUAGUUUUAAUGUUUUAUUUUAAUGGGUGUUAAAAUAAGUGUACCUCCUUAUAAUAAUAAUAAUUUUAUACAUUGGGCAAACAAUUUUUUUUCAACAUAUAGGUAUAGAUAGCAGUUUGCCAGUGCAAAAAAUACGAUGUACAUAUUUUCAAAUAUUAAUUGCAUUAUUAUAAGCUAUGGCCGAUUUUUGUCCAUGAUAUUAUUUGUAUAUACCUAUAGAAUAAUAAUUGAAAAUUAUUCUUUAUUUUUAAAAUUUUAAAAUGAAAUACUUACAAAAAAGGAGGCUCAAAUAAAAAUUAGGCGCUGAGAUUUGUGGUUUCUGGGUGUCUAUUUGACCUUCCUAAUAGACUGUGAGAUAGGGGCUGUUUAGUGGAGUCAUUUUUUUUUGUCUGGCAUUUUGAGGGCUGAAUGUGGCUACUAAGCUGAUAGAAUAUGGGUGAUUUUAAUGCCGGCCUCCCGUUCGAAAAUUUGCAGAAGAAAAAAAUUGAUUUACGUCAUGAAGAAUUUUUUUUUAAUGAUCUCAAAUUUUCUAGCUUUUAAAUAAAAGAUUGACAUUGAUAAAUAAUUCACCCAUGAAAAAUAUCAGAUGCUUUUCAAUAGCUAAAAACAUGGGGAUGGGUUUCAACUUCCAAGAGAAAAGAAGAACCUUCCGCGUUUACUUUUUGUCUGACAAUCGAGAGAAUGAAAGGUUUUGUUGUGAAAAUAACGCUGAAAAAUCGCCAGACCGUAAUCACAAUUCGAAAUCGAGUUUUCCGGCGAAACAUUCUGUGGACAUUUCGAACAGGAGGCAGGCAUUAAAACCACUUAUAUUCUCAUCAGCUAACUAGUCACAUUCAUCCCUCAAAAUGCCAGACAAAAAAAAAAUGACUCCACUAAACAGGCCCUAUCUCAGGGUCUAUAACUAUUUUUAUAAAAUAAUCUUUUUGAUUCACGUUUUAUUGUAUAAAACCAAAGUAGGUAGGUAUAUAGAAUCAAACGCUGUCUGAUUCUGAAAAGAUUGGCUGACGUUUUCAGCACCAAAUCUGCUAUCGCCACAGCUACAAAUUUCAUUUUUAAAUGUUAGAAAUAUUGUCCGCCUCUUAUAUUUUUUAGUUAUCUAAAUCUUUCGCUUCUUAUUAAACCUCAACACUAGCAGAUGAUUUGAUGCGUAAUGUCAGCCAAAUAUUUUCAGGAAACUUCCAAGCCUAACAUUAUUGUUUUAAUAAAGUAAAACAACAGAUCCAAGAGUAUUUUAAUAAAAUAUUAGCAUGGGUCAAAUAGACUCAGAAAUUGAAGAUCUGAGUUCAAUUCAUUUCCAACGCCAAGAAUAUUCUGGAAGAGAAUUUCUAUUGAGGCCUAAUAAUCGAAAAAAUUAGCUCGAUAAUAAUAAAUAUAAUAAUUGUAUCCUUUGGUGUAUUUUGAACUUCUUCAUUUUUGGUGGUUGUAAUUAUUGGUAAUUUACAAUUAUUAAAAGAUGAUUUUGUAA